UAAUUUGAAAAUAUUUUUUCACGCACUUAAGCGAGCGUUCUUUUUCUGUGGAGUGGAAUUAGACGUCGCAGUGCAUCUCUUGUUUUGUUGAAAGUUGACAAGUGUAUACCCGGCUAAACCUUCCAAAUGAAGAAAAUUUUUGAUAUGAUCCUGACAAAUGAGUGAAGGAACCCCAGUGAGAAACCAUACCUUUUAGGUCAGGUUACAUAAGCAAUGGAAUAUGAAGAACAACGACGUGGCCGCGGCCGUGGAAGAGGGAGAGGAAGGCCACGAGGUAGAGCUAGAGCACCUCCGAGGGGGCUGAGGGUCAACAGAAGAAAUAAGAUAGAAAGUGAAGAAGAGGAAGAGGAGCCUCAACCUGAUGAGAAUGAGGCACCAAAGCCAAAGCACUAUGACCAGGAUUGUGACAUUUCAUCUCUUGAAGCGCCUACUUUCACUACAUUGGACAGGGGCCCUCCUGCUCCCAUGCUUCGGCUCACCUGGGACCAUCCCGUGAAUCUCAUUGGAGAAAAGGUGCUUUCUCCAAGGAUACACAUUUGUGAUUCCUGUAACAAACCUAUUUUGAUAUAUGGGAGGAUGAUACCUUGUAAGCAUGUGUUUUGCUUGUGCUGUGCUCGAAGAGAAGACCGCGUCUGUGCAAGAUGUGGGGAAAGAGUUGUUCGAGUAGAACAAACGGGGCUUGGAACAGUUUUCAUGUGCACAUACACUAUAAAUAAAGCUGUUUGUAAGCGAACGUAUCUCUCACAGCGAGACUUACAGGCUCACAUUGAUCAUCGUCACAUGAAAGUACCAGGAACAAGUAGUCAUACAAAAGAAGAAGUUAAAGAGGAGCGUAUCAGUCAUCGAGAUCCCAGAGGCGAAGGACGAGAGCAGAGAGCAGAUCCAAGGAGUGAUACACGGCAAGAUCCAAGAGCUAUGACAGACCCUAGAGUUGGAAAAGAAAAUUACGAACAUCGUGAGCCUUACCCUGCCCAAUUCGCUCGGCAAGGUUCGGGGACCUUUACCAGUCCCCACUCACAGCCUCACCAGUCUCCAUCAAGUCAUCAAGGAGCAACGCAUCAUAUAUCGGCUAUACCCGUAAUGACGACACCCAGAACUAACCUCAUCACUGUACCUAUUCAAGACCCUCCUGAACACUCUCCUCAUUCAACCUUCCAGCAUUCUACUCCUACACACCCUCCACCCCACUUACCCCCAAAUCAUCCUCCCCCAACCCAUAACUUCACAAGUCCACCCCCUGCUCACACACAGCCUCCUCCCAGCCACUCACAACCACCACCUUCUUAUUCAACUUCUUUCACUACUCCAUACACAACCCAGACCCCUCAGUUUACAUAUCCUCCCAAUCCAUCUGCACCACCUCCACCAAAUCCUAAUGUUCCUCCCCCUCCAUAUACAAAUGUAGCACCUACUGUUCCACCUCCCACUACAUAUGGGAGUCAACCACAAUAUGACAGUCAGUACACAUCAACCCAAUGGUCAACACCUCCACAAGCUCCACCCAGUCACCCACCUGGACCUCCACCUCAUCAUGCACUACCUCCGUCGUCUCAAUCCAACCAAUAUUACCGGAAAAGUUUUAAAUUUUGAGGGACUUUGUUUGUGCAUGGGGGCAAGAUUGCAACACAAAUCUGUUGUGUACCAGUGCUAUUCACAGUGUACAAAUGUGACAAAUUAUUUUGUCUAUACAUGGCGUACAAGUAAUAUCAAUUGGUACUGUAAUCCAGUACCUAAUUAUAGACUGAUUUUAUUAUAGUUAUAUAUAAAGUGCACCAUUUUUACACAUUGAAUCAUAUCUUUUUGAGACCGCUAACAAUUUUGUUGUAGUAGAGAAUUGUGCCACAUUUUUUAUUUUUUGCAGUGAAUGUGUUGGAUGCAACAUAAAUUAGACUGGCUUACAGAAUUGAUUGUUCUCUUAUUUUUUAUUAUUACCAAAUUUCCACUGUUUGGUAAGGCAAAGUUCUCCCAAAAACAUGAAUGUGCAUACUAUUGACAGUGUAAAAAUAUUUUUCAUUUUGCAAUAACUUUGGGGAAAUAUGACAAUGAUGUGGCAUACUUUCAUUAUAAGUAAAUAGUAAAU